AUGGUUCUCCCCGAUACCGUUGAGCUUCCUGCGGCGUUUGACGCUCACGUCCAUGUGCGUGAUGGCGCCAUGUUGAAGAUUGUCGCUCCUACAAUUCGGUCCGGUGGUGUAAACUCCACCCUGGUCAUGCCGAACACUGUACCUCCUCAGACGUCUGUACAAAUGGUACAAGACUACUCUGCGCGCAUCAAGGAAGCUUUGGGGCCCGAUGAGGUGAAGCUGCUGAUGACUCUGUAUCUCCAUCCUGAUAUCACUCCUGAUGUCAUCAGGGAAGCCAAGAAGGCGGGAGUUGCAGCAGUGAAAAGCUACCCUGCCGGUGUCACAACCAACAGCUCGGCUGGUGUUGUGGACUACGAUGCCUUCCACGAGGUCUUCAAGGCGAUGGAAGAGGUCGACUUGAUUCUUUGCCUUCACGGGGAGUGCCCCUCCCACGCAGGAAGCGACAUCACCACCCUCAACGCUGAGUCAAAGUUCCUCCCUACCCUCAAGGCUCUCCACGCCAAGUACCCUAAGCUGAGGAUCAUCCUCGAGCAUUGCACGACCGCUGAGGCUGUUGAGGCUGUCAAGGCUUGUGGCCCUAAUGUUUCCGGCACCAUCACCUGCCACCACCUCUUCAUUACUAUCGAUGACGUCGUUGGUGACGCGAUGAACUUCUGCAAACCUGUGGCCAAGCUCCCCCAUGACCGUCGGGCCCUUCUCAACGCCGUCGUCAACAGCAAGGGCAAGUUCUUCCUUGGCACGGACUCUGCCCCCCAUCCCAUCACUUCCAAGUCGGGUCCCUCCAAGGCCGCGGCCGGUGUCUUCACCCAGCCCUAUGCCGUUCAGUACCUCCUCGCUGCCCUCGAUGAGGCUGUUGCCCGCGGCGAGAUCAAGGAUGAGGAGGUCACCCAAGAGGCCCUUGAGGGCUUCGUUGCUCACUACGGUCGCAAGUUCUACGGCGGCUUCGAGGACCAAAAGAAGGAGCGCAUCCGCCUUACCCGUGGCGGCGCCAUCGUCAACCAGGUAUUUGAGGGUGAGGGCAUCCAGGUUGUUCCCUUCCGUGCUGGCAAGGACACCUGGAGCCUCACUUGGUUGUAG